AUGAGCAUCAGCACUUUCGGCGCUUGUCCUACUCAGAAAAAUAAAACAAUAUCAAGAGGCCUAUUUACUAUUAGUCUAUUCUGUGUACUAUUCGGUGUGGUUAUUCCUCAGUUCUGUCGAAUUUUUCAAGUUUGGCAAGAUUUGGAUCGUUUGAGUAAUGUUUUAUGUUCAGCGGAACUUGCAUUUAUAGUAGCUUCAACAAAGAUGAUUGUACUUUAUCGCAAUAAGAAAAAAAUGACAACUCUCUACGAUUAUAUGAUGGCUGAUUGGAAGAGGAAAAAAAGUACCGAGGAAUUAGAUAUAAUGAUUGAAAAUGGUCGAAAAGGGAGAAGAUUUUCGCUGAUAUGUAUUGUAACGGGUCACGUAACAGUCACAUUUCGAAUGUUUCAAUGGAUUUUGGAGAACAUACCAAACUGGAGAAGUCCAGAGUAUUACAAAAACUAUACACUAUUUGCUGAUGCAUAUUAUCCUUUCACAUGGAAUUACAAUCCAGCUUUUGAAUUUGUAACUUCUUUCGAAUAUAUUGGAAUAAUUUUGGCGACAUGCGCUUAUAGUGGAUCAGACGCCUAUUUUAGUCAAAUAUCUACUCACUACACAGCACAAUUUCACAUCUUACUAUCUAAUUUAAAUCAAAGCGAUCGACAUCAUCUAUGUACCAGUAGUCAGUGCGAAUCUAUACUCGUAACCUACGAAAAUCCCAGUUCAAGUAAUACCCAUCUCGUGAGUGAGCAACCUCUUGUCAAUCUCCAAAGCAGUAAAAUUGGAAAGGCGGUGUUUAUUGGAAAGGGAACUGGUCUUCUCUCGAGUUACGAGUUCGCGGACACAGCAUACAAAAGUGAAUGGUACAAUUUACCCUCGCAGAAAGCAAAAUUAAUUAUUUUAUUAAUACAAAGUGGCAACAAACCUGUAGAAAUAACGGCUGGGAAGUUUUUCGUUUUCAACUUCAAACUAUUUGGAAGUAUUGUCAAAACAUCCCUCGGAUACUUGUCAUUUCUAAUAACUAUGAAGGAAAGUCAAUGAAAGGAGAAUUCAAUUUAUUGAAUUAAAAAAGAGAAGAAGAAGAAGAAGAAGCUAAUAAUACAAUAUUUAAAUCCUAUAAAUUUUAAUAUUUAUGAUUAUGUAAUCAUCGACAAUGGUUGCACCUGUAGUCAG